UGCUUUGCAACAGAGUUGACCUUCACCCAGCAAGCUUUCUUUUCAUCGUCAUAAAAAAGACGUCUGUUUGUUUUUGUUUUUUUUUGUGAUUAGAGAGUGAACGAAAAUAUUUUUUUCAAUUUUAGCACAAUGUCAGUUGAAAAUUUAAUGAGUGCGCAUUGCAACUUUCUCCGAUUGCCAAUCAUCAUUUUUCUUAUAUGGUGAUUUUGAAAAUUACGUAAAUGUGCCGAUUUCUCAACCAAAUGCGAUCAAUUAAGAUAUCUGAUAUAAACAUCAGGAAACUCAACACUGUCGACUGAAAGCGUCGAGAAGAAAAGAAAGAAGAGAGAGGAGUCGUCGACAUCCUUAUCGAUACGAGGAGUAAAAAAGAAGAAAAAAAACGGCGCUGGUAGUGCGCGACGCAUGAGACGAGUGCGAGUCGGGUGUCCAUUGACGUCCGUGGUGGAGGCGGCGACGACGACAGGAACGACCGUGCGACGAUUGCCACUCGAGACAUGGCCAGGGAGCUUUUGACGAGCAGCAGCAGGGUCCAAGCGUCACGAGCACGCCUCUCCUCGCUCUAGUGCACUGUCGUUCUGCUGACUUAUACAACUAUUACAGGCGGAAAGUGCGAAGUAAACGGCAAAGAUGUUGCGCUUGGCAGCGCUUCUGCUGACGUUGCCGCUCCUCGCCACGGCUCUUACCGGGGACCACGUCUGCCAUCGAGUGGAAAAUUAUACGGUGACGUUGAAAGAGCAGUACGUGGAGCCAGUGGAAAUUCACACACUAGUCUGGUGUUUGCAAAUUCCGCCUCGUUGCUCGCAGAAGCGCACCGAGUUGCGUGAGCGUUGGCGUACCAAGAUGGAAGUGAAGUUUAAGAGUGUGCCGGUAUGCUGCGAAGGCUACGUGAUACAGGAGCCCGUAGGUAAUGGUAGCGCCGACGCUAAGUGCGUGCCGCACUGCAAGAAGUGCCGAAGUGGAGUCUGCUCAGCGCCCAACGAGUGCACCUGCGAUCCCGGAUUCCAAGGACAAGAUUGCGCUUCCGAGUGUCCUCAGGGUACUUGGGGCCGGAACUGCGAACGCGAAUGCAACUGUCUACGCAAGCUUGCUUGCGAUCCUGUCGCUGGCAAGUGCGAAUGUCAGGCUGGAUGGACGGGACCGAGAUGCGAGAACAAAUGCCCCGAGGGUCAAUGGGGCUUAGGUUGCAAGUCGCUGUGCCUCUGUGAGAAUCCUUCAGCUGGUUGCCACCACGAGACCGGAGAAUGCAGCCUCGUCGAUCCGAGCAACGUAGGCGUCGGCGAGGGUUUUAAUAAUGUGGCACCGAUCGAUCCAUUCGAGGCUAGCGGGAUAUCCGGCAACCUCGUGUCGAAGACUGCUGCCGAUGCUGACUAUGUCGACAUCAUCGACUUCGACAAGGAGGCCAUUUUAUCAAGGGUCACCGAGAAUGAGUCAGAGACUAUGGCGGUACUCGAAGAACAACGUCCUAUAUUAAGUAGUAGUAGUAGUAAUAGCAGCCCUUUGUCCACCAAAACAAUCGAACAGCAACCAACAGUACGAUCAACAAGUCCCUUACCACGAGCUACUUUGCACAUCGAAGGAAAUCAACUUUCACAGCCAGAUGACGACGACGAAGUCGACGACACAGAAAACAUGCUGAUGACCAAGAAAAAGAAUGGCGAGUUCGAGUUCGGCGAGCGCCACACCAACUUUCGCGUCAGUGUAUCGCCUAAAAAUGACUACGUGAAGAAUACGCACAAAGGUGAAUCGAGCGCAUCAAUGUCAACGAUCUCAAUUGACGUAGCGGCAAUGAUAGUAGUAGGAGCGAUAGUCUUGAUUGGCCUUACAUCCGUAGCAGCUCUCAUGAUCUUUCACGUGCGUUCGCGCCUUUUCAAGGCCGCUCUCGCGAUCUACAGCCAGGAGAAGGUUGAGCGCCAACUUGGUAACGAUAAGGAUCCAGCAACUACUGGGGGCGCUAAUGCAGGAAAGUCACUCGAUGUUACCAUCGGCACUCUUCCUCGUACUAUGACAAAGAUCAAUCCAGUUUACGAAGCAAAUCCAGUAUACGAUGCAAAUAUACUGACUUUUGACGAGAGGCCAGCUGAAUACGCUAAUGGAACAGUGACCAUAGGGAUUCGGUUAUCAAGUAAUUUGCGAGAUUUGUUGGAGAGUCACUACGAUAGGCCAGCGGCGUGUUCUCAGAGAACAGCGGCACUAGCGACUGGCGAACCGGACGUGGAGCACGUCUACGACGAAAUCCCAUUAUCGGCACCAUUCUACUUCGCCAAGGACACGUAAAGGACACGAAACUAAAAAAAUACUCGCUUAUAUUCCUCUACUCAAUAUGAUAAGAACAACGACGACGGCUAGGUUGCCAAAGAGAGCGUGAGAAAGUUUUCGGAAGCCUAUUAUUUAUUGAACUGCCAUUAUUAUCUGUUAGAGUAAAUUGCGUCACGCACAAAGUGUAUUACGUUAGAUCACCCAGGGUAUCCGCGUAUAUAUCGCUCAUUUGUAGAUUAUAAGUCGAGAGAGACUGAGAGACACACGGACCGAGCGAAAGAGAGUUUCGUGUCUUGUAAUGCAAUGCUGCCAUAGCGCUUUUCUAUUGUUAUAUAGAGAUAGGACACUGCGUUGCCCAUACUACUUGUACGCGUGCACCAAAGCUGCGUUCUGCCACCGUUGAUGUAAUCGGUAUUCCUGGUAAAUAUUUAGCUGACACACACGCCGCAGCAGCCACGUACUUGCGACUGCAGUAUAUACAUUUAUGAGGCUAUAUCGGUAAUUUGUACGUUCCUUACGGUCAAUGGAAACAUGCCGUUAUUUUUUUCCUUCCAUCGUAAUCUUUCGAUAAAUUAUAAAUGAUCUAGUAUGCGUUUAUCUCUAAAAAAUUGGCAUGGGAACUUUAGCAAUCUACCUGUUUUCCGAACUGUAUCAUAUGAUUAUGUUGCAUUUAUGAAUUAUGGUCUCGAUAGUGUAGUGUAAUAAUUAUAUUUAGUCAUGCUAUCCUGUAAAAUAUAUCUGUAAAGUUAAUGUAAUACCAAAUAAAAAUGUU